CACGCAGGCGCAGUUCACAGAACGUCAUGGCUGACACAGGCUGGCCAGGCUGUGCGAAGAGUUUGAAAGGUGUUAUUUUGGACUUGUGUGGAGUUUUGUAUGACAGCGGGGAGGGAGACGGAGUUGCUAUCCCUGGCUCCAUAGAGGCUGUGAAAAGACUCAAAGAAUCAGACCUGGAGCUGCGUUUCUGCACCAAUGAGACCCAGGCAACCAGAGAGAAGUUCGUAGCCAAACUCCAAAGACUGGGCUUUGACAUUUCUGUAUCCGAGGUCUUCCCUCCUGCCCCUGCAACCAUUGCUGUUCUCAAGGAGCGGGGUUUGAGGCCCCACCUACUGGUGCAUGACGGACUUCUCCCUGAGUUUGAUGCCGUAGAUAAGACCAACCCAAACUGUGUGAUCAUUGGAGACGCAGCAGAAAACUUCUCAUACCAGAACUUAAAUGAGGCUUUUAGGGUUUUGAUAGGACUGGAAAAGCCAGUGUUAUUCUCCCUUGGCCAGGGGAGAUACUACAAGGAGACAGAUGGGUUAAAACUAGAUGUUGGUGUUUACAUGAAGGCCCUUGAGUAUGCUUGUGAUUUAAAAGCAGAAGUAAUUGGGAAGCCAUCACCAACGUUCUUCCAGAGUGUUCUCAGUGACAUGGGACUGAAACCACAAGAGGCUCUUAUGAUUGGAGAUGACCUUGUGAACGAUGUAGGAGGGGCCCAGUACUGUGGCAUGAAAGGUGUGCAAGUCAGGACAGGCAAAUACAGGCCAAGUGACGAGAGGCACCCAACUGUGAUCGCCGAUGCAACUGUGGACAACCUGGCCCACGCUGUGGAUGUGAUCCUCGGACAGAGAGGGCGCGGCGCCUGAGAACGCUCCACUUGCUGUGGCCCAGAGCCGUCCGGGCCCACUGUCACACUGUAGUGCUAACUUAUGGCUCAUAAAAGUGUCGUUUCGUAUGAGGAGGUUCCUCUGUGUUGAGGUCGUUGAAGAAAAAUGUGAAAAGAAUUACCAGAACUAUUCCCAUGUUGUCUAACCACUAUAAACUGUGCUGUUAAACAUGGGAGCGGAUCAGCCAUCUGCUUGCCCUACAUAGAGUUAACCUAACUGCAGUGAAACUUAUCCUAGAUGGUUGUAAAUGCUCUCGAGCUGCGCUGUUCAUUUGUCGGUACGCGAUUGGCAUAGAUGGGAUACCUCAAGUUUGACACGAACGAGCACGUAACCAGCUGCUGAUCGACAGUUAGAUGUGGAAAGUCGAGGCGUUCAGAGUCGUUGGAAACAUGUACAGAAGUGCAGCUGAGAAUGACUGGUGAUCAAGUUGUUGUACGUGUCAUAACACAAAUGAUGUCUGUGCAUAUGAAAUAGAUGAUAUCACGCAUUUAGUUGGAAAAUAAAGAUAUUUUAUCCUCUUGAA